AUGAACACGUUUGGACAUUACGAUGCCCCACCGAUGUAUUCCCCAUCUGAGGAAUUCAAUUCCACCCUCGAUGAAAAGACCGACAAUCCCAUGAUCCUCCUGCCCGAGAAAAAUGAGCCCGGGUUUGCUGUUGCAUCUGCUCUGAGACGAGGCCUGCAAAUACCAUCCAGAUCCGCUGCCUGCACAUCAGGAUUCGAGUAUCCAGACGAACUCUCUCAUUACGGCAUCUCCAAAGACCAUUGGACGCAGUUCACACAAGUAGUCUGCGACGAAGCUAAGCUUUCACGUCGGCAGUGGACCACUGUGAUUGGCAGAGGCCUGGGCACAAUGGCAGUGGGCGGACUGAUGGUCGGCAUUCUGGGCGCUAUCCCCGCGAUAUUCAUUGCCCGCCUCACCAGGAAUCGACGAGAACAACGGAAUCUGAUCUCGGCAAUGGCUGGAGCUCGUGGUGAGCAUCUUGCUCGUCAUAUUUCGCAGUGGAACGAGACGGUCUUUGGACCUAGGGGUGUUCUGAUCCGGGUCGAUUUACCGGAUGAAUAUUUGAAUGAUAUGGAAUAUAUGGAUAUUCGCACAAGUGAGGGAUCGGCACGGUCUACCAGGAAGUCUCGGGAUAAGGCUGCGCUCAAGGCGAGAAUUGUGAUCAUUCCGCUAGACGGGCCGACGUCAACGGGGAAUUCUGACAAUCGGGGUUGA